AUGAGAAAAGUUUACUUGUUCUUCCUCCGCACAGUCCCACAGCUGAGGGCAUUGAUGUGAGCGCAGAGGCUUUCUGUUUUUACGCGCACUUCUUUCCCCCCAUCUUUCACCCUCACACACGGAGCACACAUCCACCUUCUCACCUUUAGUUUAGCGCGUGUCUGUGUUUCUUUUUCCUCCCUUUUCCUCCCUUUUAUGAAUGAUUCUCUCUCGCAGCACUUCUCCCGCUGCUAACAUAUCCUGGGAUACCUCGCCGCCCUCGUCCGCACGACCUCACCUUGGCACAUCUUCGGUCCUCAAGUUCAGACGCCACCAGGACUUCCACUGCAGCUUCAGACGCACUUGGGGGAAAUACGACUCGACGAAGAAAGACUUGAUCCUCCGUGCAGCAGCCGACGAGGCCACCGCCAACAUGAGUCUCAAAGCUGACGCAGAGCCGAAUAACAACGUUUCCAUCGAGGAGGAGGUACGAACACUGUUUGUCAGUGGCCUACCAGUUGACAUCAAACCACGGGAACUUUACCUUCUCUUCAGACCUUUUAAGGGUUAUGAAGGGUCACUGAUUAAGUUAACAUCAAAACAGCCUGUCGGGUUUGUAACCUUUGACAGUCGGUCUGGAGCUGAAGCUGCGAAAAAUGCACUAAAUGGUAUCCGUUUUGACCCCGAAAGUCCCCAGACCCUGCGCUUAGAGUUUGCUAAAGCCAACACGAAGAUGGCAAAGAGUAAGCUGAUGGCCACACCGAACCCCACAAAUAUCCACCCUGCUCUAGGAGCACACUUCAUUGCACGGGACCCAUAUGACCUGACAGGGGCAGCACUGAUCCCAGCAUCUCCGGAUGCCUGGACUCCUUACCCCCUGUACACCACGGAGCUGACCCCCGGCCUCCCUCACGCAGCCUUCACUUACCCGGCGGCCGCUGCCGCUGCUGCAGCCCUCCACGCCCAGGUGAGGGACCAACCGAUGCGCUGGUACCCCACUCCCUCUGAGACUUCCCAGCCUGGAUGGAAGUCCCGGCAGUUUUGUUAGAUAUUUAGCCUCUGGAAACCACACCUUUGUCCAGCUGAAGUGAGGUUUGCCAAGCUCUUCAUUAUUUUAUUCAGGUUUAUUUAAUGGACAAAUGUGCAUUACUAUAAACAAACAGUAUUUAUAUCUCCUCCCGAUUGUCUCUGGGGGGAGUGUGAGUUGAAACCAUCUUGCUGUCGACAAUCUGAGCUUAUCCUUGGCAACUAUUGCGGUACCAUCGUAGCACUUCAAAAAAAAAAAAACCCUCAUGCAAAGCCUA